ACGUCACACUAACACUCACCACAACAAAAUUAACUAGUUCAGCUCCUAACCUGUAUUACGAUUCUUCUGUCAGUGACUUUUCCCUUAACAACAAUAACAACCAAGUAUGGUGGACGUGAAAGACGACAUGACGAACAACGACACUGAGUCUUAUGGAGCUGCGAAUGCUGCUGAUCCAAAAAAUGUUCAGGAACUCACCCAAUACGUUCAGAGCUUGUUGCAAACCAUCCAGGACAAGUUCCAGAACAUGUCCGAUCAGAUCCUGACACGAAUUGAUGAAAUGGGCACUCGAAUCGAUGAUUUGGAGAAAAACAUUGGGGAUUUGAUGACUCAGGCUGGUGUAGAGGCGCCCGACAAAUAAGGCUUAACAUAUCAGUUAGGUUAAUUAAGAAAAGCAUGUAUUUUAGAAGGGUAAGGCGUUAAUAUUACUUUAAGACGAUUACCUAUAUUCCCUAGCGGAACUUAUUUAAGUUAUGAUAUUCCUAUCUGUCCUAACUUAUUUAAGUUAUUUAAAAUGGCAGCGAAGAAUAGUCGCCACUGUUUUGUUGUAUCAUUUGUGUUUAGUCUCUGUAAAAAAAUGCGCAAACGUU